UCUUUGUUGUAAUCACAAAUAGAGAGAGAUAUGUAUAAUCAGUUGGCGAUAUCUUCUUCUUCAUCAUCUUCUUCUUCUUCUUCGUACUAUGAAUCUUUGAAGAUUUUGGAAGCUGAUGUUCAACAUGCUAAUUCUUUGGCAGAAGCAAUUCCAAUGGGGAAGAACAAUGUGCGGCUUCAGAUGAAAUUGGUUCAUAGUAACUUUGCUUCAUUAUUGUUGAUCUUGCUUCGGUGGAUUGAUCUUUCUUGCUCAUGUCUUAUUCCUCGCUACUUAAACCUCUUUCAUGUUCUUGUCUACAAGGUCCAGUCUGAUGGACAACCUAAGCUUACCACGCACGGAAGGAAAGCAACUAUUAGUGAGUUCUACGGUGUGAUACUACCAUCACUUCAGCUAUUGCACAGCAACUUAGAUGAGUUGGAAACCGCAGACAUUGGGUUUGACCUUAAGAGACUCAGCAAGAAGAUAACAAAAGAAGCUCGCAGUAGUAGAUUCAGCAAUGCCGGGUUAGAGCGUGAAGAAGAAUGCGGAAUCUGUUUAGAAACUUGCACCAAAAUGGUGUUGCCUAAUUGUUGUCAUUCUAUGUGCAUCAAAUGCUAUCGCAAUUGGAACUUGAAGUCCCAGUCAUGCCCGUUUUGUCGAGGCAGCAUGAAGAGAGUGAACUCAGAGGACUUGUGGGUGCUUGCAGGUGAUAACGACGUGGUGGAUACAAGGACGGCUUCAAGGGAAGAUUUGUUCAGAUUCUAUCUCUACAUCAAUAGCCUUCCCAAGGAUUACCCAGAAGCUCUCUUCGUGGUUUACUACGAGUACUCAAAUCUGUUAUAGAAUCUGGACAAACAAAACUUUGUACAGAUUUUUAGAUGGUAAAUGUAAUGUAUAGAAUGUAAAACUGUGGUAAGGCUUUUGGAUGAUUUGAUGCGAAUGCCAAAGCUCUCAGUUUUUACAUACUUAAUAAUUGUGAAAUUGCGAG